AUGCUAAGCAUUGAAGAAUCCUCCAAGACCUCGAACUCGUACUAUAAAUUGGAAAGCAUUUUCCAAACCUUAGCUUUUCUUUCAUCACGAUCAUCUUAUGUAUUGAAUGAUUAUCCACGGCAAGACCCACGAUUUAAAGGAAUAGAUAGAAGUAUUAUUAAAGAAGUUAUCGAGGCAGAAGAAUUGAAAAGUAAUUACAAAGAAUUGUCAGAGUUGAAAGAGUUCGACAAGAGAAAAACGUUUGAAGGUUCUGUCACAACAAUUUGA